AUGAUGCCUGUUACAGCCAUUAAACAGCACAUGCUUGCCUGCCCUGCAGAUGACUUACAUGACAUCCCCUUGGAGGUGCCAUCUACAUCUAGUCAGGUACAGUUUAGUCGUUACACAAUGUGUUUUGAGUGGAAGAAUGUAGGUGUUCUGAGUAUUGUAACAUCCUCAACCUAGCGGCUAAGGUAAAUGUUUCAGGUGCGAAAUUCUAGAAUAGUUUACAUCGUAAUGAUAUUAAGAAAUUAGUGGUGUAUUAAUAAUUGAAUUAUAUUUCCAUUUUUAGUAGGAAAAUUUUUUUUUUCUCAAUGCACUUUUAUUUACAGGAUUAAUGCUUACACUACUUACAGCGCUUCUAUUAUACUUACAAAUUUACUAUGCUAUACUUCUUACACUACUUAUACUUAACACACCACUUACUUAGCAGGAUGAUCUUGAAGACCAGUGUUACUUCCCAUCAAUGGCCAAUACUACCUCACAGGAUAAAUUGCCUUCUGAGAGCAAUCAAGAUUUUCUCCAGGUAUUUCCACUUCAAGUUUAAAAACAUUGUUCCCGUACAAUUGCAAAUGUGUUGACAUCAACAAUUAAGAGAUCGACAAUUUUUUGUUUUCUCUUCAGAUAUUUGAAUGGACCAUUACAAUUUAUUUGAGUAACAUAAAAUAAUGAUUAUGUUAAAUGUUGUGACUGACCCUCAUACUACGUUAAAUGUCAAUAACGCAGUAAUUUUUAUUUUGUAAUUCAGUGAUGCAGGUUUUGAAAUCUAGCAUAACAAUCAUUACCACUUGUCUAUCAGAUGUAAAUGUUUUAAAAGUAGUAAGUCAUUCAAUCAGUCAGCCAGUAAGUGAACAAUUUAUGUAGUAAAGGUGACACUAAAUUAUAGCAAAAAGGUAAUAAAUAGGUGAACGAUACUGCUGCUGUUGGAUUAUGGAAUGAAGGAUAUUACUUCAUAGGUUUCCGUAAGAAGUACUAAUUUUUAUCCUAGUGACAAAUGUGGCUGGUAGUUCUUCAAUGGUAUUCCUGCAGAAUAUGGAUGCCCUUACUAUUUUAAUAUUUUUUGUAGGAAUCUGAUGCUGUGGCUGAAUUAAGUGCACUUUUUCCAGACAAAAGUAUAGACACUAUCCGAGCAAUCUUGGCAGACAGUGGAGGAGAUAAAAGUGUGGCUGCAUCAAGGCUUAUCCAGUGGUCUGCUGGGACAUGUAAGCUACCUAUACAAGUUUAUUACUUAAAUGUGAAUAAUGGUAGAUCUCUGAACUUUACCUGUCUGUGAUGUUAUUACAACAAAGCAGAGGUCCUUGGUAUUGUGUAGUGGUAAGGUUGCGUGCAUUUUUUUGCUCCAACAUAAUUAUUUUUCUGAUUACCAUGGAACCCUUCAUUGGAGACAGUUAUACUUAUCUGUUCUUUCAUUUGGUUUUGAAAUUGUUAUUUCAUUUCAUUUGAAAUAAGAGCCCUUCAUUCGAUUUAGAGGUGCAUACUUAUAACAUGACCUAAGCUUUACAGAGUCUCAUAACAGAUAAUUUACUGAACUCCCCUUUUUUGCAAUUUCUUCUGCAAGGUGCCCUAAUGAACAGUGGGGACUCAGGUAAUGAAUACUGUACAGAAGAAGACAGUGACCUCAUGCAAUCACCAUUUGAAGCACAUGUAUCCUCAAGUACUGUCAGUACCUGUACUGACCCUGUUGCACAGUACAAACAAGAAACUCUGGAUGAAAAUGGCCCACCACUGAGAAUCUAUGUAAAUCGGAUGACGGAGGAGUUCACUGCAGAUGUUUUAUCCAUUUAUAAGAAAGCCAACCCAUGUUUUCGCUCAAACCUUCGAGUGCAAUUUGAAAAUGAAAGAGCAGUUGGCGAGGGACCUGUCAGAGAGUUCUUUAGCAUAUUAAUGGGAUUUGUUCAAAAUGGUCUUUACGUGGAUGAUCCUGGGCGGCUGACUAUGUUAUUUGAGGGCCAGACUGACCACAAAAUUCCAGUCCCAAAUGCGUCACUGUCUAAUUCUGGACUGUACACUAGUGUUGGACGGAUGAUUGCACAUUCUUUCUUGCAUGGAGGACCACCACUUUAUGGACUUUCCCCAGCAGUGCUUGAAUUUUGGACUCGUGAAAGCAUCAGUGAAGCUGUUACCAUGGAGGACAUCCCAGAUUAUGACCUUCGACAAGCCUUGAAGCAGGUACUCGCAUUGAUGAUCUUGUUUUGUACAGACAUUACUUACGUAUUUCUGUGUAAUGUUUCAGCAACAUGUUAGUGUUACUAACAAUAUUUAUUCUGGUUAAUUUUUGUUUGAUAUGGCACUUGUACUGUCCUGUUUAUAUUUGAAAAAAGGCACAAGUGUGUUCCAAAUAGGUGUAUACAUCUAUAAUGACACUAUAAGUUUAUAAUUUGUCGUAAGAAGCAUUUCAUUGUUCAGUCACAACACCAUAGCAAUUUAACGGUUUUGCAGUUAUCAAGUCUUGAUAAGGAUGAAGAACCCUCAGAUGCACUUAAAGAAUUCCUCUUGCCUUAUCGUGAUGAAGCGUCAGUACUUCAAGUGCCGCUAAGGGGGAGAGAAACGGCACUUGGUUCUCCAGCAGAUAAUGCUGCACAAUGUGAUCGAAAAGCGCCACCGUGA